AUGGAGCAACACGAGCUACAAAUCCUACCGGCCACCACACCCGGGAAAGACGGGAUUCCACAUGCAGCGCAGACAGAAGGAAUAGAACAAGAUGUUGCGACUUUAGAGGAGAGGAGAAAGAGAAGUAGAGUGCGCUUGGUCGCUAUUAUCACCGCCUUGUUUCUCUCUCUCUUCGUCUCCGCCCUUGACGCAACCAUCGUCGCCACCGCCGCACCCACCAUAUCCCGCGACCUUUCCUCGGCCGCAGGCUACACCUGGAUCGGGGGCGCUUACCUCCUCGCCAACGCAGCCUCCGGUCCCAUCUGGGCGUCCCUCUCCGACAUCUGGGGCCGCAGGCUCAUUAUGCUCGUUGCGCUCGCACUCUUCUUCGUCAGCUCUGCCGUGUGCGCUUCCGCAAAGACGAUGCAGGAACUUAUUAUUGGGCGGGCCUUCCAGGGCGCUGCGGGUGGCGGAUUAAUAUUGCUGGUGCAUGUGUGCAUUAGUGACUUGUUUAGCUUGAGGGAAAGGAGCUUGCUGAUGGGUUUUGCCGAGGGGAUUUGGGCGUUAGCUGGGGGCGUGGGACCGGUGCUUGGUGGGCUUUUUGCGAGCUUGGUGAGUUGGAGAUGGUGUUUCUAUAUCAACCUUCCUAUCAGUGGUGUUGCGUCUAUUCUUGUUCUGCUCUUCCUCGAUAUCCGGCACGAACACACGUCGUUUCUGCGUGGCAUUCGCGCGAUCGAUUGGCUCGGCAUCGUCACCUUUUUGGCCUGUACGCUACUCUUGCUCCUUGGUCUCGAUUUUGGCGGCGUCUUGUUUCCCUGGUCUUCGCCUAAGAUUAUCGUCCUCCUUACCAUCGGUACGGCCAUGCUCUUCGUCUUCAUCUACAGCGAGGCCAAAGUCGCAAAGUACCCACUGAUACCCAUGGCCCUGUUCAAGCGCGCUACGAACGUCGCCGUGCUAUCUGUCGUGUUCCUGCACGGCUUCGUCUUCAUAGCAGGAGAAUACUACAUGCCGCUCUUCUUCCAGUCCGUCCUCGAAGCCUCGCCCCUACGCUCCGGUGUGCUGCUCCUCCCCUUCAUCGUUACCGGCGCCCUCGCCGGCGUAGGAUGCGGUGUGAUAAUGCACAAGACGGGACGCUUCCGGCCCAUCAUCUGGAUUGGCACGCUGCUCCUGACCAUCGGCUUCGGUCUGUUCAUCGCCUUCGGCGCAACAACUUCGACGGCAGUGGCAGCCGGUUUCGUGGCCAUUGGCGGUUUGGGCUCGGGAGUUCUCUUCGAGGCGCCCCUGAUUGCGAUUCAGAGCCAGGUCCAGCAGUCCGAUGUCGCCAGUGCAACUGCUACGUUGACGUUUAUUCGCAACAUUGCCGUCGCUGUAUCCACCAUUGUGGGCGGCACAAUCAUCCAGAAUUCCAUGGAUGGCCAGGCCUCUUUGCUACGCGACGCGGGCGUCCCACAGCAUAUCCGCGAACUGCUGAAUGGUGAGAAUGCGCUUGCAAACGUCAUGGUGCCGAGCACAUUAGGCAGUAACCCCAAAUGGGAAUACGCUGCCAAACAAGCUUUUGCGUACGCCAUGCGUAACAUGUGGAUCACCUACACAGUGCUUGCAUUCUUUGGCUUUGUAGCAAGCUUGUUCAUAAAGUCGGCGGUGCUGAGUACAGACCAUGUGGAGACUGUGACGGGUUUGAAGGAAAAGAAGCCGGCCGAAACCACGGCAUGA